AUGCUUUCGCUUCGAGGUUUGCUUGCGGGGCGCAAUGGACCAGGCCUGGGACUGCUGCCCACGCUUCCGAGGAUAGACGCGCUCAGAUUUGAUGAGCGUGGCCCGAAGGUAGCGAAGAAGAGGUCGUUGAUUCGAACAUGGAAGAUACGCCCUGGUGACGUCGUGUUCGUCAAUUCGGGAAGGUACAAAAAGUCCACCGGCGAAGUCCUCAUGAUCGACCAUCGCCGCAACAUGCUCAAAGUCAAGGGCAUCAACGUUCGAAAGGUCAUUGAUGAUGAGGGGAACCCAAAGUUUAUCGAAAAGAAGAUCCACUACUCCAACUGCGCUCUGAUAGAUCCGGCAGCUGGCCGGCCAACCAGGGUUGGGUUGACUUUCACCGAAGAUGGUGAUGCAAUCCGCAUCUCGCACUUAACUGGCCACAUUAUCCCCUGGCCAGAUCUCCCUAAGCAUUUGCAAAAGCGCGAAGAGGAUCACGUGGAGGGUCCCAAAGACACUUCACCGGAAGUGGCCCUCCGCAAGACGUACGACUACCAUGCAGACAAGGAAGCUAUGCGCCUGGCCCGAUUGACCAUGACAAAGUACAACUAUAACAGAUGA